CCGGUGCCGGAGCAGCCACUACAGCAGCAGCCGGAGCAGCACGAGGGGGCUGCUGCAGGACCGGACGCAGCGGCGCUACCCGGGCAGCUGCCUGCGGAGCCGGUAGCAGCGGCUGAGGGGCAGGCAGCGGCGGGGGCAGCUGCAGCCGCCGCCGCCGCUCCCCCGCCACCUCAACCCCACCCCCUGCCAGCCGGGGCAGCAGUCGAUGAUGUUGCCGCUGCUGCCAAUGAUGACUUCCCCGGCGCUGCCGCCGCCGCCGCCGCGGAUGCUGCCGCUGCUGCUGCUGGCGGCGGCGGUGGCGGUGUUGCCGCUGAGGACGAGGUACAGCAAGACAACCGCGUACGGCUGCUGAGCCGCUCCGUACGCUGGCUUUGGUCCGUCGCACAACUCGGCACUGACAUGGCCUCCCUCGCGCAGCCGCUGCACCAGCAGCCCAGCGGGGGUCCCGGAGCGGGGCGGCCGCACGCGUGCCGCCUCUUCCGCGCGCAGCCUGAGCUGGUACGGCAUGCGGAGGCGGUGGUGACGGCGACGCUGGGGUACGGCGGCAGCCGUAGCAGCGGCGGCGGUGCUAGUGCCGGCGGCAGCAGCAGCAGCGGCAAGGAAGGCAGCGCUCCUCUAGAGUUGCAGCAGCAGCCUGAGCGGCCUCAACAGGGGGAGAUGCAUGUGCACGACCGGCUUCAGAGGCGCCUCGACGCGCUCGUAAUUGAGCCCCCCGGCAGCUGUGAGGCGUGGCGCGCCUCCCUGGCGGGCCUCAUGGCCACCUGUACGGCAGCGGCGGUACGGCACCGGGCGGUGGAGGUGGUGGCGGCGAUGUCCGACGUGCGCGCGCGGCUGGCUACGGCGGUGACGGUGGCGGCGGUGUUCGCGCAGCAGCGGCAGCUGGGGCUGGCGGCGGAGGUGCUGCUGGCGGCGUACGGCAGCGCGCCGCCGCCGCUGGGGGGUGGUGAGGGUGACGGUGCGACGCGCGCUGACACCGUGGCGGCGGCGGCGGCGGUACGGCACCCAAGUGACGGAGCGGGGACGGGUGAGGAAGCUGGCGCCGCCGCUAGUGGUGGAGGCGACAGCGAUGGCGAUGCCAUGCAGGUGGAUGGCAACAGCGCCCCGGCGCCUCCGCUGGGGUCGCCGUCAGCCCCGCCACGCCCCCCUGUUGCACCCGCUGCCCCCGCUGCUGCCCCCCCGCAUGCGCCCCUGCUCUUCAGCCUCACCAUCAGCGGCCACUCCGCGCUGCUGUGGGCGUGUGCGCACCUGGACCACCUGGCACGCAUCGCCAACCAAACCGCCCGCGCCGCCCACCCGUCCCCUUCCUCCUCCUCCUCCUCCUCCUCCUCCGCCCAUUCCGCCGCCGCCCUGGCAGCCGCCGCGGAGGAGUGCCGGCUGCUGGUGCCGCUGGUCCAGGCGCUUCCCGAGCCCUUCCUGGAGCGCUGCGCCACCGCAGUCCCCAGCGCGCUGAGUCCCACCGACCUGGCUCGGCAGCUGCUGAUGAGCAGCCUGGGGCGGCCGCAGGUGCUGGUGGGGGCGGGGGAUGCGGCCCUGGCGUUACGACACCUGGUGUACUACAGCAGGCUGCAGCUGCGUUCCCCCUCCCAGGAGCCCCCCCUGGAGCGGGAGCUGUCGCAGGUGGCGCUGCUGCUGACGUCGCUGGUACGGCUGCUGGACGAGCGGCAGCAGCUGGAGCAGCAGGCGGGGCAGG